AGGAAAUCCUUCUCUUCAGGAAAAGCGUUUUUUUACAGUGAAAUUUUAUCAUUUAUUAAAUUUUUUUUGUCUUUACUAACCGAUAAAAGACCUUUUUAAGGAUCUGGAAGUGCAUAUACUUGAAAUUGCCUAAGUUUGGUUACCUUGCUUGGUUCUCCCAAGGCCCUGUGUUUACCUUUUUACAAGUGGAAACCCCAAUUCACGAAUUUGAUAGAUUCCUAGGCUAUUUUGCACAGAAGUUUUCUUUGUUUUUGUAUUUUAUUUUCUUCCAUUGUUCUUCUGUCUUUCGUUUAUACCCUUGUCUUUCUUUUACUGUCUUUCCCAUUAGUUUCUCAUUUUCAUUAUCAAUAUGCCACCAAGGCCUCCUGGAGGCGGGCCUACACAAAGCGCAAGCUCAAAAAUGCAGUCAAGGAUUGGAAUGAAUGCUUCGAGAGUUCCCAAUGCCACUAUUCCUCGUAAACGUCGUGCUGAUACUCAGAGUACUGUUGGCUAUACCUCUGCAUCCCAAAGCUCUUCUGCGGAAAGUGCGCUUCAUGAUGAAAAUGAAACAAACAUCAACGUCGCCGUCCGUGUUCGAGGCCGUAGUGACCGAGAAGUUCGCGAUAAUAGUGCUCUCGCCGUUAGUACGUCAGGCGCCGUUGGUGCUGAAUUAGCAAUUCAAUCUGAUCCCUCUUCUAUGCUUGUUGCAAAGACUUAUGCCUUUGAUAAAGUAUUUGGUCCCGAGGCAGAUCAACUAAUGCUUUUUGAACACGCUGUGUCUCCCAUUCUAACCCAGGUAUUAAAUGGAUAUAACUGCACUAUCUUUGCUUACGGUCAAACAGGAACAGGAAAAACAUACACUAUGUCUGGUGAUUUAUCUGAUUCGAACGGUAUUCUGUCCGAGGGCGCUGGCUUAAUUCCCCGCACCCUUUACAGCUUAUUUUCUACCUUAGAUAAUAGCGGUCAAGAGUAUGCUGUGAAAUGCUCGUAUUAUGAACUUUACAAUGAAGAAAUUAGAGAUCUUUUGGUAGCUGACGAUCUGCGCAAGCGGGCUCGUGUUUUUGAGGACACUUCUCGUCAAGGAAAUGUAGUUGUCACGGGAAUGGAAGAGUUCUACAUAAAAAAUGCAGCAGAAGGCCUCAGAUUGCUUCGUGAAGGCUCUUACCGCCGUCAUGUUGCCGCUACCAAGUGCAAUGAUCUUUCCUCACGGAGUCAUUCCAUUUUUACCGUUACUAUUCAUACAAAGGUUCCCUCUUCUAGCGCUCAUGAACCUGGAUUUACCAAUAUGUCUUUUUCUGCAAACAACAAUUCAGAUGACUAUAUGCGUGUCAGCAAACUUCACAUGGUAGACCUCGCUGGAAGCGAAAAUAUUGGUAGAUCUGGGGCCGAAAAUAAGCGCGCUCGUGAAACAGGCAUGAUCAAUCAAUCCCUACUUACUUUAGGACGUGUAAUCAAUGCUCUUGUUGAAAAAUCUCAUCAUAUUCCUUAUCGCGAGUCAAAGCUAACCAGGCUAUUGCAGGAUUCACUUGGUGGAAAAACUAAAACGUCAAUGAUCGUAACUGUUUCCUCUACAAACACCAAUUUAGAAGAGACACUAUCAACCUUGGAAUACGCCUCACGUGCUAAAAGCAUUCGAAACAAGCCGCAAAAUAAUCAAUUGAUAUUUCGUAAAGUUUUGAUCAAGGACCUAGUUCUUGAUAUCGAACGUUUAAAGGCGGAUUUGAAUGCAACUCGUCAAAAAAAUGGUGUUUAUUUGGCAGAAAGCUCUUAUAAAGAAUUGAUUGAGGGUGCGCAAAGUAAAAGCACUCUUUGUCAAGAACAGGCUCGGAAAUUAGAGGUGCUAGAAUUAAAUAUAAAAAAUGCCCGGGAGCAAUUGCAACUGGUCUCAAAGUCUAAUCAAGAACACAAAAAGGAAAUAGAUAAUUUCCAAACUCAGCUCACAUCUUCAAAAUCUGAUUUAGAGGCGGUAAGGUUGGAAAAUGAAAAAUUGCGGGAACAAUUGGCUUCAGAAAUGGAAAAAAGAAAGGAUUAUGAAACAAGUGAGCAAAAGAUUACGACCGUUGCAACUGAUUUGUCUCAAUAUUAUCGCGAGUCAAAAGAGUACAUUUUCCGCCUCUUUGAAAAGCUCAGUAGGACGGAAAAGAUAAGCGAAGAGAAUGAGACCAAUUUUUGGAAUCUUAAGCACGAAUUGCUCACAAUGCUCUCUAGCUUUCAAGGAAAUUUUACGGAUGGGACAAAUGGCUACUUUAAUUUAUUAAACAAUUUUAACACUUCUAUGGAGGAGAUUUUAAAUAACCACGGUACUCUAUUGAAUACUUCUAUAAAAGAAGUGAAUACACAUUUUAUUAAUUUAGAACAUCUAUUAAAGGAAGCACGGUCUUCUACAAAUCCUUCAACAACACUUGAUUCUCUAGUUUCGGACUUGUUAGAGUCCAGGAAAAAUUUACUGCUUUUACUUGAAAACAGUCUUCAAGAGGUUAGCAUGUCUUCCCAAAAAUUGGGUAAUGGAAUAUCGACUGAACUCAUUGAAUUACAGAAAGAGAUGAAAGAUUCAUACCGAAAAGUUGUUCAGGACCUUCGUACGCUCUUUAACGUCCAACAAAACCAUUGCAAAUCACAGAAAGAAUUAAUAUCAACUGCCAAGGAUGAUAUUACUGUCGUACUCCAAGCUUGCGCAACGUCUAUAAACGAAAAUAAUAGUAGUAUUGACCAAUUUUUAGAUGAAUAUAAGGUUCAGGAAGAAUCGAAACAAAAAGAAUUGAUGAAUCGAAUCAAUUCAGUUGUUGGUCAAUUUUUGCAGGAGCAAAAUCAGCUGCUCUAUUCUAAUGUCGGAGGGUUCCAGACGAGAUUAAAUAAGUCAAAGUCUGAGAUUGUCGAUUCGAAUGAACAAUUAAAAUUAUAUUUUGAUAAGCUGAACAACGACUCAGACGUGUUUAACAAGGCACUAUUAGAAAAUAAAGGAAAGUUACAAAGCACCAUCACGCAGAGCUCUGGGCUAUUGGAUGCAAAAGGAAAAAGCAUCCAUACAAACUCUCGCUCCGUUUAUGAUGAAUGCAUGACAUUGGCUGAAGCACAGAAGGAGAAUGUUUAUUCUGAAGUUCGAACGCUGGAUCGUUUGUUACAAAGUCUCCAAGCUCAUUCCGAUGAUCAUCUUCAAGAAAAGCAUGAAAAGCUUCUACUGCGAUUGAAUGAUUUGAUGAAAAAGACGACGACGGUUAGAAACUCUGUUACAGCACCCCAGGAUAAUCUAAGUGCGCUUACUAGUCAAAUCCAAGAGGGAACGACAUCUUUAGCACACCACACUAAUGAUUUACUCGGCAAUGGAACAGAAACCUUGACGAACAUUGAAAGUACAUUAGAAAAGGUGAAUUUCGGUAAGGUAGAGCCAAUAGCAGAUACAUUCAGACAGGAGUUUCCUGAGACACCUUCUUGGUCACGGGAAUUAGCAUUUGCAGACGAUCUAUCAAAUCUAUUUAUCAAUAAGGCAGAGCUCCAUGAAGGAGAAAAUUCUCAGCCAGCGGUUUCACCGAUAAAAGAAAUGAGCUCUCAACUUUCUCAACGCUUAUCGUCGAAGCCAUCGAAGUUGGAUACUUCGAAACGAACAAAUAAUGCUGUCAAUAAGCGGUUUUCUUCACGUGGUAAACGGUGAAAGAACUGGUGUUUUGUGAUUUAAUGAUUCUAUGUACUAAUUUUCUGUGCUUCUUCUUUAAUGAUUCUUUGGUUAUAUAGAAUAUUUAGUUGUAACCUUAAUAUUGAAAUGUGUUAUAUAUAACAUGAACAUCAAAUAUAGCAGGUAUACUUACAAGCUGAAAGCUUUUUGUACUGCGUUUACAAAUAUUACUAACCUUACUACUCCAACAAGCUAGAAAUUUUAGCUUUUUGCUCUUC